CCCCCAGGGGCCCCAACGAAUUCCAUUCUCUCGUCGUCGUCCCUUCCUUCCCCUCCCCCACCUCCACGGCUCCACCCUCUCCCCCGCAGCGCGAGCUCACCGAUCGGGGCCGGUCCCCUUCGCCGCACCGUACGCGGCCGGACGGCCGGAGAUCCGGUAGGGGAACCCGUGAGCGAUCGGGAGCGAUGCGGCAGCAGCGGGGCGGGGUCGGGGGCGGACUCGGGGGCGGGAGGAGGGGGGACGACCCGGGGCUCCUGACGAGGGCUGUGGACAAAGUGUUCCGCUUCGUCCGCCUCGCCGAGUUCGAGAUCCUCUUCGUCCUCUUCUUCCUCGUCGCCUUCCUCCUCUUCAAGGACCUCAUGUCGCGACCUGAAUACAAUCAGAUAUUUGUCAAGAAGCCUGAUCUGGAUGACCCCUGGCCUUAGAGGGUACAGAACGUAUAAUGUUCAUAGUUGUAGCUUGGUAUUUUUUCAAGUGUAUUCUUCUUUGAAGCCCGGUGUGACUGGUCCCUUUUUUGUCAGGAACCUUUUUUUUUACUAUGACUAAAUAGACUAUUCUCUUCAGUGACGAUUAAUAUAUUUUGCAAGCUAUUUUCUUUACAUCAAGAGCAAAUUUUCAUGUAAAUAUUGCUGUGCAGCCAUACUCAGGUUGUUGGUAGCAUUUACACUCUGUUUAUGUUGUGUGAGGAACCAUGAGUCCUAGGUGAAAUUGAUCUGAUAAGUCCAUUGCUUUCGGGUGGUCA